UAGGCCAGUCCCUUGUCGGUUGCGCCAUGGCCGAGACAACAGCUCCUCCUGCGCCCUCACGCGCUGUCGCGCGCCCCGUCAGUGAGGCGCUGUUGAACGAGAAGUGGGACCGCUGCCUCUCCAACCUCAUCAUCAAGUCCUCCCUGGGCCUUGGCUUCGGCGUUGUCUUUUCAGUCCUGCUCUUCAAGCGGAGGGCAUGGCCCGCGUUCGUCGGCGUAGGGUUUGGUGCGGGGCGGGCGUAUGAGGAGUGCAACUACAGCUUGAAGCAGGCGGCACGCGACAUUAAGAAGCAACAGGCAUGAGAGGGUCUUGCAUUGGAAUGAGCGGGAUGGAGGGGACAUUCGACUGGCAUAGCGAGCGAGCAAGCGAGACGACGGCCGGACCCCCACAACGACGUGUCCUGGAAUCAAGAAAGAGUGCGGGAGCACAGGGAGC